CGGGAGGGAAUGACGACGGCGCGGAGGUGGUGGCGUCGCGCGGCCGCGGCGGUCAAGGACAGGAGGAGCUUGUACCUGACACGCGUGGUGGCGCUGCGGCCGUGCACGGGGCCGGUGACGAGGAGCGCGGAGCUGGAGGCGGCGGUGAUCCGCGCCACGAGCCACGACGAGCGGGCGGUGGACUACCGGGGCGCGGCGCGGGUGUUCGCGCUGGCGCGCGCCUCGCCGCCGGACAUGCAGCCGCUCAUGUUCGCGCUCGCGCGCCGGGCGGGCCGGACGCAGUGCUGGGCCGUGGCGCUCAAGGCGCUCAUGCUCGCGCACGGCCUGCUCCUGCGCUCCGACCUCGCGCCACGCGCCGCGCGCCUCGGCCGCGUCCCCUUCGACCUCGCCGACUUCCGCGACCGCUCCGCGGCGUCGCCCAACUCCUCCGGCUUCUCGGCCUUCGUGCGCGCCUACUUCCGCUUCCUCGACGUCCGCUCCCUCUUCGCCGCCCAGGAGAUCGACGCCGCCAGCGACGACGACGACGACGACGACGACGACGCGCGCCUCGACCGCGUCUCCAAGCGGCAGCACCUGCUCGAGCUGCUCAUGCAGAUCCGGCCGUACGGGGACGACAUGGAGGAGAACCUCGUCCUGGAGGCCAUGGACUGCGUCGUCAUCGAGAUCUUCGAGGUCUACAGCCAGGUAUGCACCGGCAUCGCCCGCUUCCUCGUCAGCGUUCUCGGCUCCGCGCCCACCACGCCCAGGCCUCGAGCGGGGGAGACCCUGGAGGCAGCAAGGCGGCGGAGGGGCGUGCACGGAAUGCGGGUGCUGCGCAAGGCCGCGGAGCAGAGCGCGCAGCUGGCGUCCUACUUCGAGCUCUGCCGGAGCCUCGGCGUGCUCAACGCCGCCGAGUUCCCGGCCGUGGAGCGCGUCCCCGAAGACGACAUAAGGGACCUCGAGAAGCUCAUCAUGGCCCACGCCCAAGAAACCACCAAGGUCGUGGAGGAUGACAAGGAAGCAAAGGCGCUCGUCGCCAUGGACAACAACGAAACGGCCAGCGUGGCGGUGGCGACGAGAGAGUGGGUGGUGUUCGACGAGGGCGAGGACAUCGCCGGUGCCGGCGACCGGCAAGGUUAUUAUUUCGAUAACUACGUGAACCCGUUCGGAGGUGAGUCGUGGGGAUCCUGCGUUCCGGAGAGCAUGAACUUGUUGGCUUAGAUGUUCGUCUUCUGUUUUCCUAGAGAAGAAGCGUCUGAUCUGCAGGAAUGAUUAGUCCAAAUUUCCAUGAAUAUUGACAAGUAAUUGUUGUAUUCUGCUUUUGAGUUACGAACGCUGAGAUUGAGUUGUUGUUGUAAAUACAGUUGGGAUGAACUCGUACUGUUGUAUUGUGAAGAAGGAUGCAUAUCAUCCA